AUGCGGACUUCACGGGCCUCUAAAGAUACAGCCAAGGUCCUGGAGGCACUGUCGUCCCCAGCGCGCCGCUCAACACGCAACUCCUCGCUCCAUCCGAGCGCGCUGCGCAACUUCGCUUUCACUGGUGACUCAAACAUCAAGACCGAGUCAAUUCCCACAAUUGCACGACCCUCCCCUCCGAGAAGUGACGAUGAGUCCUCACUUUCCUCCGCCAACACUGCCGACAUUGAAGAUCUCAUCGAGCCCCCUACGAAGCGUCAGAAACGCAAUACCAGUCCUCUCCGGCCAACGCAAGCUCGCACACCCCGGAAAGCUCAAGCCCGCCAACCCGUCGUGAAAAAGGAACCGACCGUCAAGGAUGACCCGGAUGUGAAAAGUACCCGGCCAAGGCCCGGCGAAUGCCUGCGCGGAAAACGAGAGACGCGGAUGGGACGGUUGUCGUAG